GACUUCAAACUCAAGACACUUCUGCUAAACGGAAAAGUCAUUAGACUUCAGAUUUGGGACACAGCGGGACAGGAGAGGUUCAAAACUUUCACUACUUCCUACUACCGGGGUGCUGACGGUAUAAUCAUGGUGUACGACAUCACCAACAUUGGCUCAUUCAAUGCUAUCACUGAAUGGCUCAAAGAAGUGGACAGAUAUGUUAAUGACAGGGAUGUGACCAUUGUUUUGAUGGGAAACAAAUGCGAGUCCAGUGACAGGUGUAUCAGUUGGUCGGAGGGGCAACGGUUGGCCACUGAAAAGGGUGUCCUAUUCACGGAGUGUUCGGCCAAAGAGGGCACUAAUAUUAAUGAAGCCUUUCUGGAGAUCACAAAACAUAUGCUGUCCGCUCAGGGCGUUAAAGAGCGUCAACAUCACCACAGAAGCACUGUUGACAUCAUAGCCACCGACGCCUGUACUCCCAUGUGUUGCUUCCGA